AUGGCCACCUCGUGCGCCGUCUCCAUCGCGCCCCGCGGCGGCCGGAGAAGGAUCGGCCGGCGGCCGGCGGCUGGCGGCGUCGCGCGCACACCCGCUUCCACUACCAACGCCGGCGAAAUCGCCUUUGCCGCUCCCCGCAGACCGCGCCGUGUGUGUGGGGGCCAACCCUUACGCGCUCUCGGCUCUCCUUCUUUCCUGAGCUUUUAUCCCAAUGGGCCUCUUCUACCUCCUCGUUCAGGAGGCCACUUUGGGCCCAUAUCAGUCUAUCUUUCGGAUCAACAACAGAGAGCCCAGCCCAUGAAGCAUUCGGCUUCAUCCUUCUUAAGCCCUGGAGAAACCCCGCCGCCAGCAGUAGCCAGCCACCGCCUCCAGCUGCCCGUGGCGCCGCCGCGGCGAGCGAUGCCGGUGAUCACAGCCAUGUAUCAAGCGCUUCCGCGCCGCGGAUACACCCUCCUCGUCCUCCGCCUCCGGGGGCUUCGCGGGCUCAGCUCGCACGCGGGCGGCGGCGAGCGGUGGAGGGGGCAGCCCCAGCAGCAGCAGCAGCAGGAGGAAAGCAAGGAGGUCAAGGUGUCGGUGUGGUGGGACUUCCAGAAGUGCCAGCUUCCGCCCGACGCCAACCCCUGCCGCGUGGCCCCGCGCGUCACGGCCGCGCUGCGCGCCGCCGGCAUCCGGGGCCCCGUCGAGAUCACCGCCUUCGGCGAUGUUUUCGUGCUCCCCCGCCCCGUCCAGGAGGUCCUCGCGGCCACCGGCGUCGCGUUCUCGCACGUCCCCACCAGUGGAAAGGAUGGUUCUGACAGAUCAUUCAUUGCUGAUCUUGUCUAUUGGAUUGCUCAGAACCCUCCACCAGCCCAUUUCUUCCUUAUAUCUGGGGAUAAACACUUUGCAAAUAUUCUGCAUCGCCUUCGGAUGAGCAAUUACAACAUACUGCUAGCCUGUCCCACUACUGAGCCCAGCAUUCUGUGCAGUGCAGCAACAAUUAUGUGGCCGUGGGAAGCUUUGAUUAAAGGGGAGGGGUUUACUCGGAAACAUUUUAACCAGCCUCCUGAUGGUUUGUCCUGUUCUUGGUAUGGUAAUUACAGGGGAGCUCUUGAUGACCCCUUCCAGAAAGCAGAACCAAAGCACUCCGGAAAUGUAUCAUUGCAAACCAAGAAGCCAGAGAAGCUACCUAUAGUCUCCAGAUCUGCGGUCAACGGGCCUGAUUAUGCCAACUUUAUAGAUCCUCUACCAGGUGAUAGUCAACCCGCUGUAUUUGGUGAAAAAAGCUUUAUGAGAAUGAGUUCUCAGCAAAGUAUUGGUGAGAGAAAAUGCCUCAUUGAGACUAAGAAUGAGAAGCCACGAUCAUCCAGUGUCCCAUCUUCUCCAUCAGAUAUAUUAUCUUUAGAAUCUUUAGAACAAAAGAAAAUUCUGGUCGGUGAUGACCCCUUCCUGCAAGGAGAAUCCAAGCACUCCAUGAAUGUACCAUUGCAGCCCAAGAAACCAGAGGAGACACCUAGAAUCCCCAAAUCUGUGGUCAACUGUAUCAGGAGAGCACUAAACUCUUAUCCUGGAGGGGUCAACGUUGAAGAUCUUCUGAGAGAACUUAAAGAGAACAAGUUGUUUAUGUAUAAUGGAUUAUAUGGCUUGAAAAACUUCAGUGCUCUUCUCCAAGCUAUGCCUGAUUAUGUCAAAUUUAUAGAUCCUUUACCAGGUGAUAGUCAACCUGCCGUAGUUGGUGAAAAAAGCUUUAAUAGAUUUCCUUCUGCUCAAAGUAAUGGUGAGGUAAAAUGCCUCAUUGAGACGAAGAAUGAGAAGCCACCAUCUUCUCCAUCAGAUAUAUUGUCUCCAGAACAAAGGAAGAUUCCGAUAGCUGAUGCUCCAUCUUCCCAGUGUGGUUUGUUAUCUAGAGACCAAAGGAAAGCUCCACCCGUAGAUUUUAUUAAGCCAUCUGAACCACCUGCGUGUCAUAUGGAAGCUGAUAUGGUGAUCACUGCUGCAACUCCCUCCUCGGAGGCUCAAGGUACUACUGGUAAAAAAGGGCUACUUGAAAGGAUUCAGAUACUAUGGACUGGUCCCAAGACCAUUAAGCCCCAGGUCCAUCCAUCUCAUGAUGCUACUUUUUCUGAAGGGUCCAGUGAUGUAACAAGCCAGGAAGGGCAACAUAACAGACGUUUGAGAAAGGCCAUGAAGAAUUGUUCCACAACUGACAGUCCUGAUGUGAAUGGUCCUGAUAACAGUUCAGCAGGCAGCACUAGUUUGUCAAAUGACCUGUCUAAUAACUGUUCUGAAACAGAUGUCAAGGGGGAUUUUGCAAAUACAAAGAAUCACUCUGGCGAAACAGUCAAAAUCAGCAAGCCUGAAAAGAUACGAGGUUCUGGAGAAAGCAACAAAGGAAUAUUUAGCUGGGCAGCAAGGUGGUGGUCAGCUGGAAAAUCAGAUAAAAAAGAUAAUCAAAAUCGUGAUGGAACAAGGAAAGAUUUGGACAAAGGAUGUUCAUUUGUUAACAGUGCAAGUGGACAGCAAGUAGGAGUUGAAAUGUUUGAAAAAUCUUACUUCUGGGAUGCACUACAGCAAUAUCUUUUAACCCAUCAUGGAGCAAAACUUGUUUCAGAAGCAAAGGCAAGGGAGGAGUUGGCACAUGGACUGCAGAAGGGCUGUUCGCUUCUCAAAGGCCUUGACGAGAGACAUAUCCAUCAGUUAGUACAGCUGUUGAUCUCUGAGAAGAAAUGGAUCAAGGAGUGUAGGUCGGAAACUUUUCAUUUCCAACUUACGCUGCCUCAGAGAGGAACAUGUGCUCCAUUAUAUUCCUGUAAACCAGAAGGGUCAAGUUCUCUUGCAAAUGGAAGCACAACCAUAUCAAGUAAGUUGUUCCCUGCAAGAAACGGAAACAGCCAGGCCAGCUGCAAGGGCAAUGAAGACCAAGGUAAUGUCGAUGACUUUGCCUGGGAAGAGCUUGGUCCUGUGUCCAGUGCUGGUGAUCCUCAUCCAGAAACUGAUAAAGUGGUGCGCUAUCACCCUCCCACCUCGUCAGAUGAUGAGUUUUCUGAUGGUGAAAUUCAUGCGAUAGAUGAACAAGCAGGAAAAGAUUCGGAUGCUGAAUUUUCCGAGGAUGAAAAUCAUACAGCAAGCCAACAAGCAAGAAGAGACCCAUCACGGAGCUCGCUCGUCGAAAUUAUUGCCUCGUGGGAAACACAAACAGGCAAGGAUGAUGGUUCACCGCCAAGAAAUUUCAAGGCGGAAUGCUCUCGAUCGAAUAAACAUUAUCGUCAGUGUUAUCGUCCUUCGACCAAGCAGCAGCAACACUCGUGA